GAAUAUCCAACGAAUCUGGACGGUUGGCGAUCACGGAGAUCAUGUGCAACGUGUUCCGCACAGUCAUGGCCACGUCACCAGACGACCUGCUGCCCAUCGUGUACCUGGCGGCCAAUCGCGUUGCGCCACCUCACGAGGGCGUGGAGCUGGGGAUUGGCGAUGCGACCAUCAUCCGCGCUCUGGCUGAGGCGACCGGGAGGAAGGAGGCGGUGGUUAAGUCGGAGUACAAGGAGUGUGGCGACCUGGGGCUGGUGGCGAAGGCCAGCCGCACCACGCAGCGCAUGAUGAUGCAGCCGGCGCCACUCACGUGCCACAAGGUCUUUGAAGCCUUCCGAUUCAUCGCCAAGGAGUCAGGCAGUCAGAGUGUGGAGAAGAAGCGGGCGCGGAUAAAGCAGCUGCUGGUGUCGGCGCGGCAGCAGGAGCCGCAGUUCAUAGUGCGCCUGCUGCAGGGCAAGAUGCGCAUCGGCCUCGCAGAACAGACGGUGCUCGCCGCCCUGGCUCAGGCUGCUGUCAUGCACGAGGACUUCCGAGAGGGCACCGGUGUUGCUGCUGGUGAUGCUGCCGCUGCUGCUGCUGGUGCUGCUGGUGCUGGUGGUGGUGGUGCGGGUGGUGACGAUAAGGAUGGGGGCAAUAAGGAGGUUGGGGAUGGGGCUGCUGCGGCAGUUGGGAGAGGAGGGGAUGGGGGGACGGAGGGAGAGGUUGAGGAAAAAUGGCCGGGGAAGGAGAGUCAAGGAGGAAAGGUGCUUUCAAAGAGGGAAAAACUGGCUCGACUGCCGGGAAGACUAGAAGAGGCAGUGCGCAUCAUGAAGCAUGCGUACUCAGUCCUCCCAGUUUACGACCAAGUUGUUCCAUCCCUAUUAAGAGACGGCAUAUGGGCCGUUCCCGAGGCGUGUCAGUUCACCUUGGGAGUGCCGGUGGGGCCCAUGCUGGCGAAGCCCACACGGGGGAUAUCGGAGAUUCUGGACAAGCUGCAGGGGCUGACGUUCACGUGCGAGUAUAAGUACGAUGGGGAGAGGACGCAGGUGCAUGGGCUAGCGGACGGCACAGUGCAGAUCUACAGCCGCAAUGCGGAGUGCACCACUGGCAAGUUCCCCGACCUCGUACAGGCUGUUCAGAAGCACAAGAAAAGUCACGUGCAGACGUUUGUAUUGGAUGCAGAAGCAGUGGCGUACGACAGGGAGAGCGACAAGAUUCUGCCCUUCCAGGUGCUAAGCACGCGGGCGCGGAAGGGCGUCAUCAUGAGCGACAUUAAAGUGCAGGUGUGCAUGUUCGCAUUCGAUCUGCUCUACCUCAACGGCCAGCAGCUGCUCACAGAGAAGCUCGUGCGGCGGAGAGAGCUGCUGCUGGAGUCGUUUGAGGCGGCCAAGGGCGAGUUCCAGUUCGCGACGGCCAUCACGACCAGCAAGGAGGAGGAGCUGCAGGCGUUCUUUGACGACGCUGUCAACCACAGCUGCGAGGGCGCCAUGGUGAAGACCCUGGACGUGGAUGCCACAUACGAGCCGGCCAAGAGGAGCAACAACUGGCUCAAGCUCAAGAAGGACUACAUGGAAGGGCUGGGCGACUCCUUGGACCUUGUGCCAAUCGGGGCGUUCCAUGGCCGUGGCAAACGAACAGGUGUCUUCGGGGCGUUCCUCCUGGCGUGCUACGACCCUGACACGGAGGAGUACCAGUCCAUCUGCAAGAUCGGCACCGGCUUCUCCGAAGCAGCGCUGGAGGAGCGAUCCGCAUCGCUGCGCAAGCGAGUCAUUGACAAGCCGCCUCCCUACUAUCGGUAUGGGGAGACGCUAGGAGUGGAAGUGUGGUUCGAGCCGUCAGAGGUGUGGGAGGUGCGGGCGGCGGAUUUGUCCAUUAGUCCCGUGCACCGGGCGGCAACCGGGCACGUGAAUGAGACGAAAGGAAUCGCUCUGCGCUUCCCCCGGUUCCUGAGGCUGCGAGAUGAUAAGAGCGCGGAGCAGGCCACUUCCAGCGAACAGGUUGCUCAAAUGUACAAUGCACAGAAGAUCAAUCACGUAGGCGGCAGGGCCAAGGAUGACUAG